ACCAAGUUCCAUACGCUCCUACCAAGCCGGCUCUCCCGUGACGCCGGUGACGGGGACUCUACCUCUCACCCAAUCAAAUCCGGACAUCUCCACUGCCCCGUCCCCAACCCUCGCCACGUGUCCCCACCUUCUGUACCCCUCGACGGACGCCGUCAAACACCCAAACGCCUCUCCCCCAUUCAGUUUUUUCCGUCAACCGAGUAAACGCAACCCAACAAAAAAACACCAAAUUAACGUUUUCCGUAAACGCGAAAAGCCGGUCAACCCAAAACAGCUUCUCUCUCUCCUCUCUUCCGUCUCUCGCACUAAAUGCAUUCCCAACCCCAAAAACCUAAAAUUCACAUCGCCGAUAUCUCAUAUCGUACGACCUCCGGCGCACGGUAGCGCCCACCAUAAUCCUUACUCCCAAUCCCUCUGAACCAGUCCCAGCUCCCAGAUCGGUGACAUUCGACGCACCUCUACGCAGUUUGCCACCGAGUCUUGGAUCUAGAUCGGACCGAUCCAGAUCGGCGUGGGAUAGCAGUUGCAUCGAUGGAAGAGGACGACGAGAUCCUGUCACCGGCGUCUGGAGGAAGCCGAUCUCCGACGUCGCAGAGGCAGAACGGUCGGAUUACGGUGACGGUGGCGGUGCCGCCGGCGCAGAUUCCAGCACCGACGCCGUCUCAGAACAAAACGCUGACCCUAGCUCUCCCGUCGUCGGGUAAGCAGCAAGGGCGGAGUAGCGGCGGAGGAAGGGAAGAUUGCUGGAGCGAGGGGGCGACGGCGGUGCUGAUCGAGGCGUGGGGGGAGAGGUACUUGGAGCUGAGCAGGGGGAAUUUGAAGCAGAAGCACUGGAAGGAGGUGGCAGACGUCGUGAGUAGCAGGGAGGAGUACGGUAAGAUUCCCAAGACUGACAUACAGUGUAAGAAUAGGAUUGAUACUGUGAAGAAGAAAUAUAAGCUCGAAAAAUCGAAGAUUGGGGCUGGAGGAGGACCCAGCAAGUGGCCCUUUUUUGAGAGGCUCGAUCAUUUGGUUGGUCCCUCUGGUGCUAAGGUGGGUCCUGGGUCUGGUGGUGGUGGUAGUGGUAGUGGUGAGUUUUCGGGCCAUAGCCAGAAAAUUCCGGUCGGGGUUCGACAUAGCCAGUUUCUGGGGCAUAGGGCGAAACGGGAGGGAAAGAUUAGACAAAAGGAUUUGGUGGAAUGGGACUCAGAUGAGUCGCGGGAGCUGUCGCCUUUUUCGAUUGAUAAUGAGGUUUUCGAGCGGAAGAGGAGGAGGACUGCCAAUGUCAAUGCCAAUGUGGGGAAGGGGGUAGGGGGUGGAUUAAAGCCUUGUGCGGUGGGUAGAGAGAAAGAAGGAGGAGGCGGAGGGUGGGGGAGCUCGGUGAGGGAAUUGACUCGGGCGAUAUUGAAGUUUGGGGAGGCUUAUGAGCACGCAGAAACAGCGAAGCUGCAGCAGGUGGUGGAGAUGGAAAAGCAGAGGAUGAAGUUUGCCAAGGAGUUGGAGUUGCAGAGGCUGCAGUUUUUCAUGAAGACACAGGUGGAGAUUUCUCAGCUGAAGAGCGGAAGUGGAAGAAAAAGCGGGGUUAAUGGGGGUCGGGAAUGCUAGUUACCAUCGUAGCAGCAACAACAACAACAACAGUGAUUGUAGCAGCUAGGAAAGGUAAAAAAACCAACCCAUGUUGGCAAAUUUGUAUUAAAAAAUGGUAGAUUUGAGUGUAUGAUCUGUUUCUUGUGGGGUUUGUGACAUAUUAGUUGAGUCAGUUUGUGAAAUCAUGGUGUUAGGAGAGAGUAGCGGUUAUUGGUAAAUGGUUGAUUAGGAUUUAGAGUUGGAUUAUUACCGGAAGUAUUGUCGGAUUAAUGAAGUAAGCAUCAACCUUAGCGAAGAGAGUAACGAAAAAUUUAGUGUUGUUGCUUGCUGCUUAUCAAGUGUAUGAUCUUCAUGUAUUUUUAUGGUCACUUGUAAUGAAAUGUCGUUACUGUGAGAAUCUCGAAUUUUCA